AAUCCUUGUCCAAGAGGAGGGUGGCUGGACUUGUCGAGCAGGAACACCUGCUUGUGGCUGAAUUUGUCACCGUUGAAUUACAAACGAGCUGCUGAGAACUGUCGUCUCCGUAACGGGAGCUUGGCCGUCAUUGAUAACUCUUCAUUGUCCUACACUCUCGCACUACUGCUCGCUCCAAGCAAUGUUCCGCGCGCGUUCGACCGCUUCUGGAUUGGACUGCAAAGGUCGUCGGAUGGUGUCUACCAGUGGGAGCCGAAACCACCCGCAACGACCCGUGAGCCGUUGCGAGACUUUGCCUGGCACCCCCGGACGUCCUACAGGCACAGCGCAGGCACGCUCUUCGUCGAUCGAUAUUCCGUUCAGCGGGGUCUGGCGAUGCGAUACUCUCUCGAGGAUCCAAGACGGAGGCUUCCCUCUAUAUGCCAAGCUCCCCUGAGAACAGGUGCACCAUGGCUGCGUGUUGACCGCAGAGACAGCGGUCAGCGCGUAGUGCUCACGUGCCGCGUCUCAGCUGAAAUCAUUCCCGGCAGCGUGCUCUGGUACAAGGAUGGCAUCGCAGUACAUGGUGACCGGGCCAGGACAGCCGAUGGCCAUGACACCAGGCUGGUGAUUGAGAGGGCUGCACCAGUGAACCCCUACUUGCAGGGUUAUUACUGGUGCGAAGGCAUAAGUGUGCCUAACUUUGUACCUGUGGAGUCGACGAAAACACUCGUCCGCUUUCCAGGUGUCAAGACAUACGCCUGUACCAUGCCCCUACACGGACGGCAUCCAGAACUUUACGAAUUCUCUUCUAACGUGGCACUUCUGUUUGCUUCCGAUUUUCGAAGAGCGGUCUUAUAUGCCAUUCGCAACACGACGGUGGAAGGCUACGAAAUGUAUGAACUGCAAGUUGUGGACGUUCUCCAAGACACAGGUGCUGACGACGUCGUGAGGUUUCUCAUGUUCUCCAGACGACUGCAACGGCUGCCUAGGAUGACAAGUCAGGACCAAGAAAUGCGCAUCAUUGAAUUUCUGAGAUUUACUGUAAUGGACACGGCUUUCCGGCUGAUCACUUCUCCGCCAGUCCUUGCCGCAGCAUUGAGCAUCAAGAGCACAGAGAUGUGCUUUGAGGACACUACCAUGUAUGACACCGGUGAGGAAACGAUUCUGACGUGGCCAGCAACUCCAAUUGGAGAUGUAGCCAUUCCACAUGAGCCAUGCAUUCAGGGAGAUGGUCAACCCGUAGUACGGCGCUGUGAAGGCAACUUCACAACAGGUGCCCACUGGGGGGAUGUCCAAGGAAUGUGCGAGCGUCCUGCGCCUCACACAACCUUAGAACUCCGGAACCUUUCUGUGGCAAAGGUCACCAAUCUGACCAUGGUUCCCACUGCUGAACGCCUCAAUGAGCUCACAGCUCACAGCGAAAACCUAGGUGCCCAGGACGUUCUGUACGUGGCCACGACCCUGGAGAACAUCGUCUCCGCUGGCACUAUCGAAGUCCAGACCGCAAAGGCCAUUGCAUCAACAAUCGACCAUGUGAUAAAGGUUGAUAGCCAGGCACUCCAGCAGUCUCGUUCUGGCAACUCCACAAGUAGAAUCCUCACCGCCAUAGAGGAAGCCUCUGCAGCGCUGUCCAUAUCCACGGUUAUCUUCGGCAGCUCUGUGGCUAUGGGCAAGGUGGACAGUGCGGAAGCCACUCGGGGCAUCGCCAUUCACCUGCGAAACAAUCAGAGAUAUAACUUCAGUGACCCGCAAAGCCUCCCUAGGGGCACUGAUGCGGCUUUCAUGCUCUCCGAACCCAAUGCUUCCGUACCACGCCUGGCGAUUAGCCUGAUGCACACCAGUGCACUGUUCCAUGGGAUGCCCAGAAAUGACACCGAACUUGAGGGCGAAGAAAAUGAAAAAAAUGCCGCCUCCACUUACGAAGUGUGCACCUCCGUACUGCAAGUGAAAUACAGCUUUGAUGAUGGCACCGCGAACAUGACAAGCAACGACGCCAGAUUCAGCUUCUACUUUCGACAGACAUGUGACAUAGUUCCCGAUGAAAUUGAGUGCGCAUUCUGGGAUAUCAAUCAAAAUGAGCGACUUGGUUCAUGGUCUGGUGAUGGAUGCGAGUACCUCGGCAAGGUGCAUGAGUACCACCUCUGCAAUUGCACCCACUUGACUAGUUUCGCCGUGAUAUUCAAAUAUAACAAAAGCAAGAGCGGAAGAAAUUUGCAUGAUGCUAUUCUCAGCUACUUCACCUUAAUCGGAAUAACUGUGUCCGCCUUGGGAUUGUUCAUGGUCAUUCUCACAUACAUUUUGUUCAGAAAGUGGCGCAAAGGUACGGGCCACCAGAUCCUGUUCAACCUCUGCCUUGCGCUUGUCGGAGCCCUUGUCUCGUUCGUGGCGAUGGCCAAGGUUCCCAAGCACAGUGCCAGCCUGGUGUCCUGCACGUGCGUGGGUGCCGCACUCCACUACUUCUUGCUCGUGUCGUUCGCAUGGACUUUCGUCGAGGCCCUGCUGCAGUACCUUCGAUUCGUCCGUGUUCUGGGAGCAUAUGUGCCUAACCUCGUGCUCAAGGCCGCCUUCGGAGCAUGGGGUGCUCCAAUGCUGGUAAUACUAUGCGUCCUCAUAGUGAACCCGAUGCACUACUACAAACGGAAAGACUUGUGCUGGCUUGACGGCGAGGUCCUGUUCUACAGCUUCCUGCUGCCUGUGGGGGCGAUCUUGGUGGCCAACGUUAUAGUGUUCUGUGUGAUCGUGUUUAGCAUCUACUGCCGCCGCCAAAAAGGGCUGCGCAGCACUCAGAGCCAAGUGGCGCUGGCCAAGGCACAGCUCCGGGCCACCAUUUGCAUCGUCUUCCUCCUAGGACUGACAUGGAUUUUUGCAUACCUGAGUCUCAUAGAAGCAGUAUCAAAGGAGUGGGGUCGUCUUUUCGAGUAUCUGUUCGUCGUAAGCAGCUCUCUGCAGGGUCUCGUGAUAUUCAUAUUUCAUAUUGCCUAUGAAAAAACUGCAAGGGAGUUCUGGGUGGGCCAUGUUCUCUAUCCUGUCUGCUAUGCCAGAAGGAAAAGGAGUUUCGACAAUAGUUCAUCGAAGAUUACGCUUUCCUCAUCAGCACUCAAGACUUCAUCUACGUGACACUCUUCGGCUUCUUUUGUGAAGAUUCAUUAGUGACGCUCGAGCCAGAGUCUGCUAUCCACAGGACGGCGGAUCACCUCAAGAUUGCGGCUGCGAUACCACGGAUGCAUCAUUAUUCAUUGACGUUACCAUGACUCCCUGCUCAUUCCAACUCACCACGACCACACCCUGCACUGUAGGCCCAGCAGCAUUCGUUCCUUCUCCUGCAUCAGCUGGCCUUUAUCACCUCUUAGAACGGCCGUCUCAGGCUUUAAACCAUAUGUGAUGCUGUGCUAUUUAUCUUUGUUGUGAGAUGGCUGAAGAAAGGCUGAUAUUUUAUAGCAUAAGUUAUAUAAGUCCUGAAAAAUAAUAUAUUGAAUUUUAGCACCGCCAACUUAGCUCAAAGGAUGAGCAGAGUCUAGCUGCGUGUGCAAGGCGAUGACUGAGCGAGCCCGAAAGCAAAUAUUACACCUCAGAACACGAGUGCUUGGCGUUGGUGUGGGCGCGGCAAUGUUUCGACCAUAUCUCUAAUGCAAGACCACCACCGUUGU